AUGAACUUUUACUUACUGAUUUUAGUGAAUGUUAUCAAAAUGAUUCAGGAAUAUCUAAGAUGGCCCACGACGAGUACUCCACCGGCCCCAUGGCCCACGACGGAGUACUCCACCGGCCCCAUGGCCCACGACGAGUACUCCACCGGCCCCAUGGCCCACGCGAGUACUCCACCGGCCCCAUGGCCCACGACGGAGUACUCCACCGGCCCCAUGACCCACGACGAGUACUCCACCAGCCCCAUGGCCCACGACGAGUACUCCACCGGCCCCAUGGCCCACGACGAGUACUCCACCGGUCCCAUGGCCCACGACGAGUACUCCACCGGCCCCAUGGCCCACGACGAGUACUCCACCGGCCCAUGGCCCCACGACGAGUACUCCACCGGCCCUAUGGCCCACGACGAGUACUCCACCGGCCCUAUGGCCCACGACGAGUACUCCACCGGCCCUAUGGCCCACGACGAGUACUCCACCGGCCCUAUGGCCCACGACGAGUACUCCACCGGCCCUAUGGCCCACGACGAGUACUCCACCGGCCCUAUGGCCCACGACGAGUACUCCACCGGCCCUAUGGCCCACGACGAGUACUCCACCGGCCCUAUGGCCCACGACGAGUACUCCACCGGCCCUAUGGCCCACGACGAGUACUCCACCGGCCCUAUGGCCCACGACGAGUACUCCACCGGCCCUAUGGCCCACGACGAGUACUCCACCGGCCCUAUGGCCCACGACGAGUACUCCACCGGCCCUAUGGCCCACGACGAGUACUCCACCGGCCCUAUGGCCCACGACGAGUACUCCACCGGCCCUAUGGCCCACGACGAGUACUCCACCGGCCCUAUGGCCCACGACGAGUACUCCACCGGCCCUAUGGCCCACGACGAGUACUCCACCGGCCCUAUGGCCCACGACGAGUACUCCACCGGCCCUAUGGCCCACGACGAGUACUCCACCGGCCCUAUGGCCCACGACGA